UAAAAAACUGAUCCUUUGAGAAUAUAUUUGAAAUCUGAUUCCCAUUACAAGUGAUAAGAAAUCCAUUGUGAGAAAAUUAAUGUAUUCUCAGGGAAGACUCUUAAUGUGUAUUUUCUCUCCAGUUGAAGUUAUAAAAUAUGUUUAUUUUUUGUUUUAGAAACAACCAAGGACACCUCAUCAUCAGAUCAUGAUAUGCCAUCAUCACAAUCUGUGCUGAGUAUUGUUGAGUCAGACAAGGAGCGAGAAUAUCGACCCACCACCAGCUCCAGUCAGGCAGAUUCAUGCAAAGAGGAUGAGGCCUAUUUCAUCUACAAAACUGCAUCAUCACCAACACCACCACCUAUAACUUCUUCACAGGAUUACAGUGGUGAUCAUUCUGAAAUCAUUGACGGUGAACAGAGUGAGGGGGAAGAGGAACAUGAAAAAACAUCAAAGCGGGUCAGAAACAAAGAUUACUGUUUUUAUUGUAAAACAAUGAUUUCUACUUUUGCCCGACACAUCAUAAGAAACCACUCAAAAGAGAUGGAAGUUCAACAAAUUCUGAGCUGCAAGAAAAAUAGUAGCAGAAGGAAAACCCUCUUGUCAAUCCUGAGGAAAAAGGGCAACUUUCUUGCGACCAAAACUGGGAUCAUUCGUCGAGUUCGAAAAAGUGCUGAUGAUAAUGAAACAAUAGGUCCUUUGCCUUGCACUUUUUGUUUAGGUUUAUAUAAGAGAUCAGCGCUCUGGAAGCAUCGAAAAAAAUGUCCAUUGAACCCUGGUUCUAGUUGCAGGGUUGCAGCUCAGGCAGCAGGCCUUGCAAUGAUAACAAAUGACUUCAAAGCUGAUCAUGAAUUGAGACAGAACAUUUUUCCAAUAAUGAGGCCUGAUGAGGUUACAAUCGCAGUCCAAAAAGACACAUUGAUAUGUGAGUAUGGUUCUCGUUUCCUGCAAACUCACUAUAAAAGGCACCAAUUUGCAAUUUGCUCAAGAAAAAUGAGAGAGCUUGGCAGAUUGCUUAUAACUGCUAAGAAAAUUGAUCCGUCGAUCAGGAAUUUGAUCCAUGCUUUAAGACCCCAGUGUUUUGAAACUCUUGUAGCAUCUGCAAGGAUAGAGGCUGGGCACAAUGUAAUUGACAAUUCAUAUGCUUCUCCAAGGUAUGCUAUGAAUAUAGGGACUUCUCUAAAGGACUGUUGUGGAAUAGCCAUCUUCCAUGUGCAGAAGAGGAAGUUUUGCAUACCAGGCAAAACGGCCUCUGAACUUGAAGAGGAAUUGAAAACAACUAAAAUGUUGAUAGAAUCGAAUUGGAAUGUCGAACUUUCGCAUGCAGCCUCAUCUUGUCUUCAACAAAAUAAAAUGAACAAAAUUACUAUUGUGCCACUGGCAAGUGACCUUAAAAAAUUCAGAGAUUAUCUAAUUGACAAAGGGGACGAAGCAGUAGAAACGCUUAAGAUUGACUCAAAUAAUAAGUUGGCUUACAAGACUUUGAGUGAGGUCCUCUAUUGCAGAGUGAUGCUAUUAUGUAGGAGAAGGGUGGGAGAGCUUGAAAGGCUCACUGUGGAGCUCUACCAAUCAGUAAGAAUUGAUUCAUGCUAUGAAGAAUUUGAGGAUGUGAUAAAGCCAUCUGAAAGAAUACUUUUGCAAAAAUUCAAAAGAGUAGUAAUACCGGGAAAGAGAAGAACCUCUCCAGUAUUAUUCUCUCCUGAUGUUCAGGAAAAAAUAAAAAUUCUGAUUGAAUUGAGGGACAAGUUUGUAAGGGAAACUAAUCCUUACCUGUUCCCGACAAUUGCAUCUGACAGCCCAAUUGUUGGGUAUGAAGUUUUGAAAGACCAUGCAAAUAGAGCUAACCUGAAGACACCCGGCGCAUUCUCGUUGAAAUCUCUGAGGAAGCAUUUAUCAACUAUUUCACAGUUGUUCGAUAUGAGUGAGCAAGAUGUCGAACAGCUGUCCUCGUUCAUGGGUCAUACAGUGAACAUUCAUCGAAAUGAAUACAGAUUACCCGACAAUGUAUUUCAAACCUCGAAGAUUGCGAAGCUAUUGUUAGCUAUGGAGAAGGGAGAGGCUUCCAAAUACAAGGGGCUCACCCUCGACGAGAUAGAAGUUAAUCUUGAAGACAAUUUAUUAGAGGAGCAGGAGCAUGUUGAAUCGUCAGGUGAAGAACAAGUUGACAACUUUGAAGAUGAAGGAGUUUUGAAUGAGGAAAAAUCUCCAAAUGUAUUCCCCCUCAAAAUCUUGAAAAUGCUCAAUUCUCCUUCAAAAUCUAAAGCCAAGAGGGAACUAGUAAAAUGGGAGGAUGAAGAAAAGAGGAUUGUCGCAGCUUUCUUUUCAUCCCAUAUAGAAAAUAAAAUUGCUCCAAAGAAAAGAGAGUGUGAACUACUAAUUGAGAAAAACCCUAUUCUACAAACAAAAACAUGGGUUAAAGUUAAAGUUUUUGUUCAGAAUAUGUACACAAAAAAAAUUAAACCACCAAAACAUAAUAAUUCACAUUGUUAUUUCAAUUUUAAUCUCUAUUAUAAUUAUCUCUAGAAUUGUGAUCACUAUAACCUUGGUGUCCGGUUUCCCAUUAGGGACUGUAUACGGCGAGGUGGAACUACCCUUGGGUCUCCCCACCAUUCAAUGCCAUACGCUUAUAAUAAUAAUCUCUAGUAUAUUAUCUCUCAGUACCAGUAUUCUAUUUCUAUUGUUUUACAAAAUGUUGUUGAAAGUUCAUUCUAUUUUACAAAUUGACUAUUCUUAUUAUUGGGAUUCAAAGUGAUUGCAAUACUAAAUCAAGUAAUAGGCUAUUGUUAAUUCAGGAAAAAUAGAAUCUGAAUCUGGAUAGGCUACUAAAAUAGAAUCACUUUAAUACUGUUAUUUGAUCUACUUAUUUGUUUAUGUAUUUUCCCAUUCGUACAUUUAUUUCUAACUGUAUUCUAUUGAGUGUGAACUAUUAAUUGAGAAAACCCGUAUCCUACAAACAAAAACAUGGGUUAGAGUUAAAGUUUUUGUUCAGAAUAUGUACACAAAAAAAAUUAAACCAUCGAAUACAUAAUUUACAUCGUCAUUUCAAUUUUUAUCUCUAGUAUAUUAUCUCUCUGUAACAGUAUUCUAUUUCUAUUGUUUUACAAAAUGUUGAUGAAAAUUCAUUUCAUUCUACUCAUUAUCUAUUAUUAUUUUUUAAGAUUUAAAGUGAUUGAAAUGCCAAAUCAAGUAAUAGGCCAUUAUUCAGGAAAAAUACUGUAAUAGAAUCUGAAUCUGAAUACUGAAAUAAAAUCACUUCAAUACUUUCA